AUGAUCAACGCCUCCACCACGCUCACGCCGCGUACAUGGGUGUGUGCUGACGAGAAUCAAGAGCAGGCCGCCGCGGGGGCAGCGGGCAUGCACCGUGAUGGCUCCGCCAUCGCAGCCGUCAUAGCGUUAGAGCCAGCGCAUUACCUCGACACACUGGACACAAACCACUGCCCGUCGCUGGCUGGAACAUUGUCACUCUGGGUGACUUUUGGCAGUUGCCUCCCGCGCAGCAAUGACCUCUUUUUGUCUAGCCAGUCGCUGUCCAGAAGAUCCAAACCCCAGGUGCAGUACCCCAUGCAGCCGGGAAGGUUAUCUGAAGAGCAGGCUCGGAUAGUACGCGACCUGACUAUUGCGGCCGCAGGCGGGCACCUGGGGCUCGGCACCGAGGAGGCACCGAGAACGACUCAGAUGUCGAAGACUCUGACAGUUUCUACUCCGAGACAGCAGUCGUGGCAGCAAGGCUAG